AGGGGAUGACAUUAAAAGUGAUGGUUUUAGUUUGGAAACCUGUCGAAAUAUAAUCAGUCUGUUGGAUAAGGAUGGAUCUGGAAAAAUUGGACUAGUGGAAUUCAAAACAUUUUGGAUCAAAUUACAGAAGAUUCUGAGAAUCUUUAAGAAGAUGGAUGUUGAUUGCUCUGGUGCCAUGAGUUCACAUGAAAUGAGAAUGGCACUUGAAGAAGCAGGUUUCACUCUGAACAACGCACUGAUUCAGAUCCUUGUUGCCCGUUACGCAAACAAUGAGCUUCUCAUUGACUUUGAUAACUUUGUUGGCUCUUUAAUCCGUCUGGAAACCAUGUUCAGAAUAUUUAAGCAAUUAGACCUGGAUGAUGAGGGAUAUGCUGAACUGGAUGUAUUUCAGUGGUUGAGUUUGGUACUAAACUGAUGUCCAGCUGCAAGAAGUCAGACUUUGGCCAAUCAACAGACACUCACAGACAUGUCUAAGCAAUAAAUGGAAAAAUGGGAAUUACUUAUUGGCAUCAUGAAUAUGUAUGGAGUGAGGGAAUAUGGUUGUUUGCUUUCUUUUAGUGCAUUGCUGUCAUGUACUUCAUUCAACAUUUUGGGUGGCAAUGAAUUAACCAAUCAGAACUCAUGUUCCUGAAGGAUAUUUUAAUCUUUGUAUAAGACAGUGUUUGGAUUGCUGAGAAUGUGUCUUUCAUUACAAUUAUUAAUCUGUUCAGUUUCUUUUAAAACCCAAAGCAUUUAAACUUCACACUAUUUCUUCUAAAAAUAGGUCUGCAGAUGCAGACAUGAAGUCAAUGCUGAGAUCUGCAGAUGAGGAGAAUCAGGAUUACAGUUUUGGAUACAAUAUUUUAAAUGCAAAUGUAACAUUCAAACUGAAGUGAAAAAACAUGUACUUUGUUACUAAUUAGGUACUCAAAGAAUAGCGCCCAUAAUUGCUAUCAUUUAUUUUAAAAUUAUAAUGGAUAUGGAUACUAAGUGGUUUUUGCAGAGCUGUGUGCUUAAUAUAAUCAGAAAUAUUAAAUUGCUUUUAACAAAAACUGUACCUGAAAAUUAAACACAGUAUGUGGGAAA